AUCGAGUCGGCGUAAAACCUAAUUUAGGGAAACAACGCACUUUGAACUCGUCGCUAAAAACUUAAAAUGGGCAACAAAUCUUCGCUGCUGCUCCGGGAGGAGGAAAUUACGCAAAUUCACGAGGAAACGGGAUUCACCCCCAACCAGAUCGAGCGCCUGUACUCGCGCUUCACCUCGCUGGACCGCAGCGACUGCGGAACCCUGUCCCGGGAGGACUUCCUGCGCAUCCCGGAACUGGCCAUCAAUCCGCUGUGCGAGCGCAUCGUGCACUCCUUCUUCGCGGACAGCAGCGACGACCGGGUCAACUUCCGCCAGUUCACCCAGGUGCUGGCCCACUUCCGGCCGAUUAAACCGAGCAAGGAGAACAAACUCAACAGCCGGGAGGAGAAGCUGCGGUUCGCGUUCAAGAUGUACGACCUGGACGACGACGAGACGAUUUCGCGGGAGGAGCUGCUGAGCAUUCUGCACAUGAUGGUGGGGGCGAACAUUAGCCAGGACCAGCUGAACAGCAUCGCGGAGCGGACGAUCGUGGAGGCGGACUCGAUGGGCCAGGGCAAGAUUACGUUCGAUGAUUUUUGCCGCGCGCUGGAGCGCACCGACGUCGAGCAGAAGAUGAGCAUUCGUUUCCUCAACUGAAGCCGGCGCUCGUCGUGGUGUGACUGGUUCGCCCAUUUAGGGAGGGGCGAGGGAGGGGGAGGGGGUGGCGGCGGACCAGCCUAGGAAGUCAACACACACACACACAUUGGUUAUGGUCGGUGCAUUUUUCUGAAUUUUGGGUUGGAUUGGUUCUUUUUGGGGUGAGAAGAUUGUUUGCCGGAUGUUGGAUGCUGAAAGAAUUCAAAAAAGGAAAUCGACUAACCUCAAAACGUAAGAUCCGGAAUAAACUGCGCCAUUGUGGUGACCAGAGCGUAUUUUUUUCGGAUUCCGCUAGAAAUUGGUCCGUUUUGUUGUCCAAAACUGACUACAAGACUGAUUUAUUUCUCCUUCUCCAACAAAUCGCACAACGCACAAGAAAAACCCCGAAAAAAACG